AAAUAAGAAAAUAAGACCAACCGGAGAACUGUUUGGGGGAGAUAGAGAGAGAAGAAAACCCUAGCUCGGCUCUUUGGAUCGCCGCUGCGACUUCGAGAAGAGGGCAAGAAAUCCAAUUCCAGUCGCGAGCAUCGGGAACGAUGUCGAAGAAGAACAGCUUGUCUCGGAGGAAGAAGCAGUACGAGUUUGAUCUUCGAAGAGAGAAAGCGGAGAAAGAGAAGAAGGAGAAGAAGCUUCAAACAAAGAAGAACAAGAUGAAGGUCGAUGGUAGUGGCAAGAAGAAGAAGGGUGCGGGUGGAUUCCAAGUGGGGAAGAGAAAGGUCAAGACGAAGCUGACUGCUUUGGCGAAAGCUAAGGCCGCGCAGGCAAUGGAGCUGGACAAAUGAGGUUUGCUGUGUGCUGAGGACGAUAAAUUUCAUUGUAGUGUGAGUUUUUUUUUCAUUUUCUUGGGAAACCUGAUACUUCAGUGGCUAAAUGUAAUUCUUAACUUCACUGUUUAAUUUAUAGCGAAAGGUAACUUCUUUUGGUCCAUGUUCAUGAUUGUCGUGAUAAUACAAGUAGAUAUUAGCGAAGGGAGCCUGAACACUCGAGAGCAGCCUUUUUAGAUUGAGAAUCUGCAGUGCACAUUAUGUGCUUCAACAGAAUGUGUCAUGGUUGGAGUGAGAACCUAGUUUGGUCAGUUUAAGGUGUGGCAUACUCUGGAUAUGGUUAUCUGAAUUGAGGUUCAAUGUUGUC